UCUGUACUAUUUUCACGUGUGGUUGCUCUCUUUGUUUUUGUUGGAAGAGUGAAAUUAGAUACAAUUGUAAAUUCAUAUUUGUCCGACCCCUGCAUUCAUACAAGUUUGAAAGUUUGACCCAGUAUAAAGCGUUUUAUUUUGAUUGAAGGGUGGUGUUCAAUAUUAGAAACUGGAUAAUGUGUUUGAAUGAAAUUUAACAAUCUGAACUCACGAAUGGAACCAUUCAAAAAGUACGUUCUUUAUAAACUUUAAAAAUGCACUUAGUUAUUUGAUAGACUAAGUUUUCAUUUUGAUUUGUGACAUAAGUUUCAAAGUAACUAAAGUGUAAAUAUUAGGAUAUUUGUUGAUAUAAAUUAUAUUAACAAGAUUAAAUACAAAUAUAACAAAAUGGCGGCGCGUAUUAAGUUGUCCUCACGCACAGAACAACGCUUGACGACUAUACAACCCCCGGACAGAGGGGCGGAUUCUACCGCCAAAUUCUUGGCCAAAUGGCCGACACGCUGUUUGGAUCAUGAAGAAGUUGUCUCCCGUUAUUGCCUGGACCACGAUCAGCUGUUGUGUGAUGUCUGCUCUAUGACCAUCCAUAAUCGAUGUAACUCCGUGUUAAGUUUAGAUGAGGCAUCUAAAGGGAUCCGUGGCGGUAGAGAAUGCACUCUAAUUGAGGCGGGGAUAAAAAAGUUGAUUAACAAGUACGAAAAGAUGCACAAAGAACAGUCUAACAUCCUAACUAACCUAGCAGAACAAGAAAAAGAAUUCAUACGCGCUGUGAAAAGCUUCAGAAGUGAUCUGAACGCCAUGUUAGAUCGUCUCGAAAACGCCGUGAUGGCAAAGAAAGACAACUACACAACAAGAAGACGAGAUGUUGUUAGAGAGCACAAACAGUUGUGUAAGACAGCAAUGACAACGCUGGAUAACUACAGCAAAGAUCUUGACCGUACUUAUCUCGGACCAGACGAAGAAAAUUUAUUUGUUGCCUUGAAGAAGUCCAAACUGGUCAUAAACAAAUAUGAAGAGCAACUCAAAACCAUAGCCGCAGCACCGAAGAAGGUAUUCUUAUCUUUCGUGCCAAAUAACACCAUCGCAAAAUUCUUCCUAUCUUUGAAAGACUUUGGAGAAAUGAAGGCUGACCAGUCUGCGAAAGAACUAGUUCCGGUUGCCGAAUCGAAGCCAACGGAACGUAGAGCAAGCGUCGCAAGUUUACAAUCGAGCGAAAGAAGUACAGGCGACCGAUCAGAAAGGGGGAGAACUCGACUUAGCCUGCCAAAUAUAGAAUCAUCUAUACAAGAAAUAGAUAGCAAUCCAAAAAUCAAAACUAGGAAACCGAUUCAUGUUGGAGAAGUGUCUGUACACUUAGAUACCGACACAGAGACGCCAUUUGUAACCGGAUGUACAUUUAUGGCAGACGACAACGUUGUUCUUGUUGACGAAGCCAAUAAAAACGUCAAGUUCUUUAACCCUGCCUUAAAACCAGUUUCGGUAAUGAAACUGACGGCUCCACCACGUGACGUAACGCCUAUCAAAAUUCAGCAAAUCGUUGUGACGAUUCCUACGGAACGUAGUUUGCAAUUUAUUGAAUUAGGAAAGACGCUGAUCCUCAGAAAGAAAGUUCCGCUGGAAAUAGAAUGUUCUGGAAUCACGUGCUACAAUCACGAACUAUACGUCACUUCCGGAUUUUCAAGUGAUCGUGAAAUUCAAAUCGUUUCAUUGAAUGGAGAGGUUAGGAAGAGAAUAAGGCCAGGUAUAGCAGAUUUAAGAUACCCUCUGUAUAUUGUUGUUGAUCCUAGAUUCCGGACAGUUUUUGUUUCAGAUUAUAACCAUGGAGUUGUUGGCCUUGAUGCUGUCACAGGGGAAGUAAAAUUUAAAUGCAAAGACACUGAUGUACAUGGUUAUUAUAAAGGAGUGACUGUUGGACAUAAAGGAUACAUUUAUGUAUGUACAUGGAAUCUGCACGGGGUCAGUCGAGUCCAUCUAGAUGGGCGUGGCUUAGAAACAAUCAUCCCUAUGCCAGGUAAAGAAGGGCGAAAACCACAUUCUACAGCGUUUAGCAGAAAGUCUGAACGGUUGAUUGUAUCUCUAUGCGGAGGGAAGAAAGGCUGUCUUUCAGUUUAUAGAUAUCAAUGAAUAUGAAAUUAUCAUUAUGGAAAAGAGGAUCUACCUCAGAAAGUGUUUCCGUGUAAAAGAUAAUUUAUACAAAAAUAAUGUACAGAAUAUAAAUGGAACAUCAAUUCUUUUAAUAAAUAACAAAUAAACCACACUAUAUUCACACACAAAGUUAGUUGUUACAAUAUAAAAUAAAUAAUUAAAUAAUAUAUAGGAAUUUUAUUGUAUGUGUGUCACUUAAACUUUGGAAUUAGCUUAAAUUUUC